GUACCACCGUUUUUUCCUUCUCUAUGAAAGUCUGAAAAUAGCUAGUGCGGAGCGUGCCUCUGCGGUCCGAUAGGCGGGUUCGCAUCCGGCCAUCCGAUACUGUGCCAGUGCGGCCGCGCGGCGGCGGAGCAACCACGCGCGCAGACCGCCGUCGCCACCUCCUCCCUCCCUCCGCUCCCCGGCGUGCGUCCGAUCCACCAGGAAUCGAAGGCUCCCACACGCCCCAACGCGAUGCUGCGCAACUUCCCGCAGGCCCGGAGGCUCCUCAGGCGGAUGGGGUUCGAGAAGGAGGACGCCUACUUCUGGAAGCAGAUGGGCAAGGCCAUGCUCUGCACGUACACGCUCUUCGGCGUCGUCUGGCUCUGGAACGAGACGUCGCCGCUCGGGUGGUGGACGCUGAAGCCGCGCCCCAAGGAAGAAAGAGAGAUGGCACACCUCUAUGAGCGCAGGAAGUUCCCGUACCCUGGCGAUGAUGAGGCGGUCGAGGAGUUUGUAAAGAGCGGAGGUGCUCUUGGAACCACAAUUGGACCCAGGGGAUUCGCUGACGCCAAUAUGGAUUCUGAAAACAUGCAGAAGCAGCUGCAGUCUAAGAAGUUCGAGCAGGAAGCACAGAAACUGUGGAUUCGGAUGAGGAAUGAGGUCGUACAGGAGCUCCAGGAGAAGGGGUUUGAUAUCGAGUGAAUUUGAAAACCUGCAGUAUGGUCGGCGCUGAGGAUGUUAAAACUUAAAACCACUUGCCAUCUAAAUUGGAGAACUGUAUAACUUAGGAAUAAAAGAGUUUGUAGCUAUCUUUUUAACUAACUAUCUGGUGCAUUCUUGGUGCUGCUAGAUUGUACCGAAAAUAAUUUUUGCUGUCUUGUGGAGAACAGAGGAUCUCAUUUGAAUAUUUGAUCCUCUUUUAAUGUUUCUUAUUGCCUGAUCA